CCGCUAAAAGCUGCUCGACAGUCGACUGCUGCUGCCUGCGUGUGAACAGCCGCUGCGCGUGGUUUCAGCACUUCGGACUCUCGCGUGCUGAGGUUCAGUUUGUCGGCUGUAAACCGGGUAACGAUGGCCGGCGACUCCGUGAAACUCUCCAAAAACCUCCUGCGCAUGAAGUUCAUGCAGAGAGGUCUGGAUGCAGAGACGAAGAAGCAGCUGGAAGAAGAGGAGAAGAGAAUCAUAAGUGAUGAACACUGGUAUCUGGACCUGCCAGAGCUUAAAGCUAAAGAGAACUUGAUCAUAGAGGAGAAGAGUUUUGUUCCCUGUGAAGACCUGAAGUACGGCCGCAUGUCGUUCAAGGGCUUUAAUCCAGAAGUCGAGAAACUGAUGGCUUUGAUGAAUCCGAAGGACGAAGAGGAGAAACGAGCAGAAGAAGAAGAGAUCAGCCGGAUGCAAACAGACGUCACAGAUGAGGAAAUGGCUCGGAGGUACGAGAGUUUAGUAGGAAGCAUGAAGAAGAAGUUUGCAAAGAAGCGCGAGAGAGCGACGAUAGAAGAGGACGACGUCAACCACAACGUAGAAACAAACACAAAGAGAGUCUUUCUGAAACCUCAGGACUGAGCCCCCAUCUGAUGGACUUUAGUGCUUUUAUGUCAAAAUACUUUUUAUUUUUGUUUUUACGUCUGUUUGCAGAAGCUGUCGAGAGCAUCGGUGACUGUGGAGCAGAUUGUACAGUAUUUUAAGGCUGAUUGGAUGUUAUACAUCCUGUUUCAGAUGCUGAGUUGUGAACAGUGUUUUUACAGCUUCAUUAAAUGCAUAGCUCAGUGUA